CCCUCCCCGCGCUCUUUCUCUAACCGCACAUCUUCACUCUGUCUCUGACUUCCUCGCCUGUCCCCACUUAAGUUCCACUUUGCGUAGGUUAUUCCCUUCCUCGCGCCACGCGCGUUUCCCCACUCCGGUUCCUCCCUUCCAGCGCGCGGCGGCGUGAAUUGGGAAGUAAUGGCAACGGACGGACCUCAACCGGCGAAAAAAAUCAAGCUGCAGCACAAUUCCCUCAGACAAAAUGCUCUCUUUGGGAUGGGAAACCCCCUUCUUGACAUUUGCGCGAUAGUGGACAAGGAUUUCCUUGACAAGUAUGGACUGAAGACAAAUGACCAGAUCCUAGCUGAAGACAAGCACAAAGAACUGUUUGAUGAACUUGUAAAGAGGUUCAAAGUGGAGUAUCAUGCUGGUGGCUCUACCCAGAAUUCAGUCAAAGUGGCCCAGUGGAUGAUUCAGCAACCUCAUAAAGUAGCGACUUUCUUUGGGUGCAUUGGAAAAGAUAAAUUUGGUGACAUUUUGAAGAAGAAAGCUGAAGAAGCCCACGUUGAUGCCCACUAUUAUGAACAAAGUGAACAACCAACGGGCACUUGUGCUGCCUGCAUCACUGGUGACAACAGGUCAGCGACUACUUUCAGGAAACUUAGUUUAAGAUCUCUUGUUGCUAACCUGGCAGCAGCAAAUUGCUACAAUAAGGAAAGACAUCUGGACCAGAAAGAAAACUGGCAGUUGGUGGAAAAGGCCAAAGUUUAUUAUAUCGCAGGCUUCUUCAUUACAGUGUCAUCAGAAUCUAUUCUGAAAGUGGCAAAGCACGUCUCUGAAAACAAUAAGAUUUUGGGUCUAAAUCUAUCGGCUCCAUUCAUUUCUCAGUUUUUUAAGGAAGACCUGAUGAAAAUUAUUCCCUAUGUUGAUAUCCUGUUCGGAAAUGAGACGGAGGCUGCCACUUUCGCUAGAGAGCAAGGCUUUGAGACAGAAGAUAUUAAAGAAAUUGCCAAGAAAGCUCAGGGUUUGCCAAAAGUGAAUGAAAAGCGACAGCGUGUUAUAGUUUUCACACAAGGCAAAGAAGACACUAUUAUGGCCACAGCUGAUAAUGUAACAGCCUUCCCUGUCCUAGAUAUUAAACAAGAUGAGAUUGUUGAUACUAAUGGAGCUGGUGAUGCCUUUGUGGGAGGUUUUCUGUCACAACUGGUUCAUGAUCAACCUCUUGAAAAAUGCAUCCGAGCUGGCCAUUAUGCAGCAAAUGUUAUCAUUAGGCGUUCAGGUUGCACAUUCCCAGAAGCACCAGAUUUUCAUUGAUGCUUUCAUUAAUAUGAAAAUAAGUGGGAUCAAAAAGUCCUUUGUUAAACCUAUGAACAGGAACUGCUGUCCAUUUAAAAAUAAAUAACCUCUCUUUCCUUCCUCCCCAAACCCUGCAUUAAGAAUUCUGUACUUAGUUCUUCAUUUGUUUUUGUCAAUCUGCUACUAAAAAAAAUCAGAAAAUAUAAACAUGUUCAGAGUAGAUGACAAGGCCUUGAAAAUGUUUCGAUAGUCAUAAACUAUCUUCUUGUCUUUUCAUGAUUUAUAUUUUACAUCUUUCAAUGAAACAAUGAAGUUUUGAUUUUGACGGUGAAUAUUUUGGUAGUUAAAUUUAUUAUUCACCUGGCAGUAAUUAUGGCAUUGGUGAUGGAUGAAAGCAUGAGGUAAAAACUAUGUUGGCUGUUUUCUGUAGAAAACUUCAAAUUGCAUAACUUGUUUAUUCUUUAGUUUAUUCUGACAGUUUUUAAAUUCAGCCCAAAUGAAAGCUGUAACUGAUCUCAAGCUAUUUGUCAUCUGAAAGUGGUGCAUCUUAUCAUCAUGAAAUGAUUUUUGUUUAGCAGAUUACCUCAGCAUUUUCUGUUUUUGAGUUUAUUCAGAAAAGCAAACCUAUAUAAUGAGAAUUCAAUAAAGUGAGACACAGAAAUAUUUAUGCAGGUAAAUGUUGCUGUAAAAUACCAAAUCAAAUCUGCAAACGCACAGUUUUUAAAUUUCUGAUACUCUGUAGUUAUUUGGACACCUGUAUUAUUGUUCAAAGAGAAACAACUGUAUGCAGUUACAAUUACAUUCUUUUCUUUAUAAUUUGAUAUUGACAAUAAACAAAUAUGAUUCUCAAAAA